AGUUUUAUCUAGUCCCAACCAAUUUUUUCUUAAUGCUCUAAUUAUCAAAAAAAUGUAUUAGUGGAGUGUUACUGUGAAAAAUAUAUCAGUUAAUUGAAAUAUUUAUAAGGCUAUGUUUACAAAAAUAGAGUUUAAGUUUUAAAAUAAUAUCUAAUGUAUAGAUCUGUCUACAGCUAAAAUGAAGAAAUUAUUUUCCAAAAUUGAAACUAAAAUCGACAAUACAUCUCGUGAGAGCAAUAAUUAUACGGGAAAGGUCUUUGUAGUUGGCAGACAAACUGUUACAGUGGAGGAUGUUCUUGCCGAAGGUGGAUUUGCCAUAGUCUACUCUGUUAAAGCAAGUAAUGGAAGUAGGUAUGCUCUGAAGAGAAUGUAUGUCAAUAAUGAGCAGGACCUUAAUGUAGCAAAGAGGGAAAUCCAAAUUGCAAGCAGUUUAAGUGGACACAAGAACAUAAUAGGAUAUAUAGACUCGAGUUUAACUGCGACUGGUGGGGGGGUGUAUGAAGUACUGUUGCUCAUGCCUUAUUGCCAAGAGAACGUCUUCGGGAUGAUGAAAAGUAGAGGAAAGGCAACUUUUACUGAGAGCGAAGUUUUGACUAUAUUCUGUGAUACAUGUGAAGCAGUUUCUCGACUACAUCAUUGCAAGACUCCUAUUAUUCAUCGUGAUUUAAAAGUAGAAAAUAUUUUAGUGAACGAAAAUGGAAACUACGUUUUAUGUGAUUUUGGUUCGGCUACAGCUAGAGUAUUAAAUCCUUUGGAAAAGGGUGUUGCAGUUGUAGAAGAAGAAAUCAAACGAUACACUACUUUGAGCUACCGAUCUCCAGAAAUGGUGGACAUGUAUUGUGGAAAAUUGAUUUCAACAAAGGCUGAUAUUUGGGCUUUAGGCUGUUUACUAUACAAAAUAUGUUUCUUUACAUUACCAUUUGGAGAAAGUACCUUAGCUAUACAGAGUGGAAACUUUAGCAUUCCAGAUAGUUCCCGAUAUUCAAAAGGACUACAUCAACUUAUAAGAUAUAUGUUAGAACCUGAUCCAGAGCAGAGGCCAGAUAUUUAUCAAGUUAGUUCUAUAGCAUUUCAAUUAUUAGGUAGAGAAAAUCCUGUAAAGAAUUUAAUGAAAUCUACAACGCCAAAUCUAGAUGAAAUACCAAUUCCACCAUUCGAAUCGGAACUAAAGAAAACUCAGAUAAAAGUGCAAACUAGCAAGACAGUAGCACCUGUGAUAGAGGGAACCAGCGUAAUGCCGCGACAACGACCAAAAGGCAGUUCAGCCACUCCCUUGAACCUCAACAAUAUACCUUUAACCCUGUGUCCUAGUCCUACCUUAGCGAAAAAAUCCCAGAGCCCUGUAGUGCCCGCAGCUCAGACCAAUUUCCAAGGUAAUGUCCCUUAUAAUCCUCCCUUUCCAGCUCCUAGUUCCAAUUCUAGCAAUCAGAACUUUUCUCCUAACUUUUUCCCUACGCCUGAAAUGCCUCCUCCGCAUUUAGACUCAUUAUUUCAGUCUUCCAUUUAUCCUGAUCCGUUUCGAGAUGAUUCUGGAGCCUCGCCCACUACUGCUGAUGCUAACAAUGGAAACAAAAUUGAAAGUAGGGACAAUUUUAUGAGUCAAGCACCUGCUAGUCUGCCCGUGAAUAUAGUAUCGCCGGUUUCUCCAGAAAACCCCUUAUUCGACACUGGAAGUGUCACUCAAGGAGUAUCCCUUCAGAUGAGAUCCGGUUUGACCGAAUCCAGCAACGUUAUUGGAGGAAACAGCACCCCUCCCGCUUCUCCAACCCUUGCCGUACCCAGAGGCCAUAGACGAAACAUGAGUGAUACUACAGCAUUUAAUAAAGCUUACGCAUCUGAAACAUCUCAAUUCCUAGCUCCUUUUGAGUCGUCGAUAAAACCCCGUAGUGUCACUUCGCCCACAGAAUCGUGCGAGGACCCAAAUAGAACAUUGGCUCCAAUGGGCACUUCCGCAUCGACAAAAGACUUAAGUCGGGCUAUGGGUCCCGACAGUCGAUCUCUAUCUGCUGAUGUGGCCGAUUGGAACCCCUUCGAAGAAGCACCGUUUAGCCAGUUGACUGAGGACCAUAUUUUCGGUGCGGAGUUCGACAAGAUUAGAAGAGGAAGCAGCAACAGUUUGCAAGGGAUGAAAUCGAAGGAAGGUUCGACGAUGUCCGUCUCCGAAGACCCCUUCAGCAGCGCCCCUUUCAGUCUUCCGCUUCGCAGUCGAGAUAGAACAAAUAAAGGACCACAUUCCUCAGGAAAAACAGUGUCGAAGAAACCUGUAACAGAGACAUUACCUGAAGAAACAACGCUGUAUGAUUCAUCUCCAGAACAACAUGUGAUAGCGUCUGAAGGGGAAGCACUGAUUAAUACCGAACCUGAAUCUGACCAGCCGAUAUCCCCUCCUUUCGUUAAAGCACCAUUAGAAGAUCGUUCCAAAUAUGAGAAGUUAACGCAGGGGGUGUAUGAUGCAACUUCGUCUACCAGCAGCUCAGACGAAGAUGUCAAAUCAAAGAAAAAGAAGAAAAUAAACAUUCCAGAAAAGCUGCAUUCAGUCUACAAGACAGUAGAAAUACCGAUAAAGAAUCUGAGGUCCGAUAGAAAUAAGUCAGAAAAGAAGAAAAAGAAGAAAGGGGAGAAAGUUGCCGGUAAUGAAAAAAGCGCGGAGAGGGGAUCUGAUCCUGAAUCUGAUGACGAUUCUAUUGGAUCUGCGAGCGAUCUACGAGAGGAAGAAGAUAGUCGAAGGCCCGCUAAAGAUGAUGCUAUCAGUGAAACCAUCAGCGAAAGUAUCAAAACUUGCGGAUCGUCCGCUUAUCACGCCGAAUGCGAGAGCAUGGCAACACAUGAAGAAGACUGUACUAGUAGAAUUAUAAGGACCAAACAACGACAAGAGACUAAAAAAGCAGCUGUGCAAUCUGAGGACAUGCUCUUCGUAGGACACCAGUAUGGAGAGAAACCGUUGUUGAUGGACGACGAAUUGGACUCAGACUGUGAAACCAAACAGUAUAAUAAUAAAUGGGCGUCGAAAGAUGUUCGAACGAAUAAGGCUGAUAUUUGGAUAGCUCCGUCUAGUAGCUUUGAAGAUAAUAAUGACGUUUUUGCUUUAGCUCCCUUUUCUAAAUUAAAGCCCAAACUUGAUUUAGAAGAUAACCUUGAAACGGACCAAAAUCCCAUUGUAACGAAAACUUUUGAGGACGACUUUACAGAAAGUGGUGAAAAUCAAGUAGUUACUGCUACUACACCGAACUCAAACCCUUUUUUAGAAGAUUUUAUUCCAGCGGAACCAUCCUUACCAACACCGAGCAUAGAAGUCCCUAGUCAUAAAUUAAACUACUUCGAUGAAGUCAACUUUCAACCUAACUUUGAAGCAUCUUUCCCGGACCUACCUAAAGAACACAGAGCCUCAUAUGAAAGUGUGGAAUUGCGGGUCAAAAGGGAACCUAUGGACUUUCCCAAUAAAAGCAGCGCGGAACUUCGUGCAAAAAGAGAACCCACGGAUUUUCCCACCAGAGGUAGUGUAGAGCUUCGCUCCAAAAGGGAACCCAUGGACUUUCCUAAUAGGGGCAGCAUAGAGCUUCGUUCUAAAAGAGAAGUCUUAGAUUUUCCCAAUAGGGGCAGUGUAGAGCUUCGUACCCAAAGGGAACCAAUGGACUUUUCUAACAGAAGCAGCGUAGAGCUUCGUGUCAAACAGGAUCCUAUCGAUAUCCCGAAUAGGGGAAGUUUCGAACUCAAACGUGACAAUUAUGACAGUCGGAGGGAAAGCUUUGAACCUAAAAGAGAGAGCCUAAAACGGGAAAGCAUGGAAAUGUCUAAGAAGGAACAUCUUUUCACAGAACUGCUUCUACCAAAUACUUACGUCAGUAAGAAUUUACCAUCUCCAAUGUCUUCUCGGAGCAGCUUAAAACUAGAAUUUAUAGACGAGAAUCAGACUCAGGAUGGUGGUCACAAAAACAAGAAAGACAAAAAGAAGGAUAAAGAGCAGAAAACUAAGUAUUUCUUGAUCGAUGAUAACCUCUCUGACGACAGCAGUGCAUUUGCUGGUAAACCGAAGAAGUCGUCUAAAAGCGACAAGACUUCGAAGAAAGCGAAUUCCAAGUCGAAAAAAUCCUCUAAGGACCGAAACGAUGGCGGUUUUAGUAAUAUGAGCUUUGAAGAUUUCCCUUCAGACGACAGAGAGAUAAUCGAGAGUUCCAUCAUGCCUUUCGAAGUACUGAGAAGUCCCGAGCAAGAACAAAAAAGCUUUGGGAUGAAACGAAUUGGCAAUCCAUUUUCCUGAUUCUGUUUUACGAUGCCAAGAGUUAUUUAUUGUGGAUUUGUUACUAUACCAUUCUAGUUCAUAAUAUUAUAGUACAGAUGAAGAGUAGCUAUUUUGAAACUUAUCAGUAAUGAUACCUUAGGCUGUGCGCUUAUUUUGCAGCUAGAAUUUUAUUGUUAAUGCGAUGUAUAGCGUCUACGUUUGGCAUCUAUGUUUUUCUCGUAAGUCUUUUAUAUCUUUUAUAUUAAAACUUGAGUGAUAUACAGUAAAAUACCUCUAUGAGCGUAUAUCGAAUAUUUUCAAAAAAAACUACAUUUUGCAGUUUAGGCUCGACUUAGAUAAAACCUUUAAGUAUUCCACUAAGUAAAAAAGUAUUAAUCACACACAUUAAAAUCGUUUUCCUUCUGGUUAUGAAUUGGUAUUUAAUAGGAUGAUACAUGUUUCGGCCUCUCGGCCUCAUCAGCCAUCCAAGUAGAAUACACACCCACAACCAGAAAGGAAACGACGUGUCUUGGAACUACAAAGUUUCAGUAAGGAAGCACAAAAGCGCCAUCUACUCUAUUACAUAGCCAUCAGAGUAGAUGGCGCUUUUGUGUUUCCUCACUGAAACUUUGUAGUUCCAAGACACGUCGUUUCCUUUGUGGUUGUGGGUUUGUACUACUCGGAUAGCUGAUGAGGCCGAGAGGACGAAACUUGUAUUGUCUAAUUGAAGUAGUUUAAGAGAUAAUUACGUUUUUUUUAUUAAUUUCGUAGCAACGUUAGCACCCUGUAGAAUUGUACAGCUAAUAAUAGCACUAACUGCUCCUUUGUGUUAAUUCAGUUUUAUUAUUUAAACAUUUGUCGAAUAUAUUAUGUAGCUUGUGAUAAAAUCAUAGAUGGCAGAUGUACUAAUGCUAAUUAUUAUUAUCAUCUUAGAUGUUUAUAAAACUUAUGAAUGAUGAAAAUUAAAGUACGUACUAUUUGCAAGGUUCGAACGGAUACGUAAUACAAAUUGGCAACUCUAUUGAAGAAAGUAUCGAAAUUUGUUAUCUUGAGAAAAUUAUAUAAGGUGUCCCAAAAGUAACGGGACGGUCUUAUAUCUCGCGAAAUAUACCUCGUAUCAAAAAACUGAACAAUAGGUUUUCAAUAUUUUUCAAAAAUCUAUCGAAUGACACCAAACAUGACACUUUCCUCCACACCCUGUAAUAAAAAAGGAGGAUUCCUAUUUAGAUUUUUAAGUUAACCCCACCCCACCUCCAGGGCGUGUAGUGGGAGGGGGCAUGUUUGGUAUCAUUUGUGGCAAUAAAAUGGAAAGAAGAAGAAGUUGUCAACACAUAUGGGAUGAACCAAGGCUCCGUUGCUCAGAAUCGGUUAGAGAUGUGGGUGUGGUUCUUUACAUUUUCUUAUUAGCUGAGAAAUAGAUGAUAAAUAAUAGACAAAAAUAAAAAAAGGAAAAUAGCUACUAGAGCUAAACUAGGACAUAAUGGACAAAAGAAAAUAAAUACAUAAUGAAUCAAUAUAAAGGCGAAAGAGCGCCACUUUGAUCUUUUAGUUUUAAAAGGGAAGACAAAGAAAAACUCUUUAAAUAAACCAAACAAAUUAAAAUUAACUAAAUAAAAAUAAUUAUUUCAAGAUAAAUAUAAAUUCAUAUAAAGAUAUGUAAUAAAGAUAAAUAAAACCUACCUUAUCAUUUCUUACUCAGUUGACCAGAGAGAAGGUAGAUGGAUAAUUUAACAAGCAAACAUUAUUAAAAAUGAAUACUAUUUAAUAAACAAAAAAAAAUAUAAAAAAAAAGAAAUUAAUGUGGACCUCUUUCUGGUUUUACAUUUUUUGUAAGAGGUAUUAUCCACAGAUACAAAUAAAUACAAUAUUAAGUUGGUACCUUUGUGUCUCUGCAAAAAUGUCCUGCAGCUUUCAACGCUAAGUCCAGAUAUUACGGUCACUUUUCGCUUCACUGGUAGGUACCACAAAAAUACACCGCUGAUGGUACAAUUUUUUGAGUAUACAGUAGUACAUAUGUAGUUUGAAAAAAAACCGACUUCAUGUCACUACGGUUAUUAAUAAGAACUGCUUGAGAUGAGAUUUAAUUAACCAUGAACUGCAUUCCAAAAGAACAGGAGGUGUUUUCCACCGAAAUAAAAUUGACUACCGACCAUCAAACCCUGUAGCCAUAUCGAUGAUCUUCAUAGUAGCAUCUCAAUGCAAACUAUUCCCGGUGUUUUAAGAUGACACUACACAGUUAGAGGUUCGACUUCUUUACAUCGUUGGCUGAUCGAUAAUGCUCUCCUUUGAGUUCCUACGAUCGCUUCUAAGACCCCCAGAAGAACUCCACCUUUUUUUCCCCAGGUCUCAUUACCCUGAUACAAUCAACCAAUUGAAGAAAAAUAAACAUCCCUGAAAAGCACCACUUUUCUCAAAUAUAUCGCAAAACGUUAGUCCAGCCAAUCAAAAAUAAGAUAUCAUGGUCUCAAAUGGCAAAUAUUAACCAAUCCUAGCAAAAUACUAAGCCCUGCUCUUUUUGCAUGACAUAAUAUGUAGCGAAUAAAAAACCAAUACAGUACUCUGUGUUAAGAUGCCAAUAAAUUAUAAUCAUUAGUUAGAAAAAUAAACGAUAUAAGACCUGGAAGCAUGGGCGCCCAUACCCAUGGGCAGGGGGGGCCGUGGCCCCCCCUAGCCAUUCGUGUACUUUAAACUAGGUAUAUAUUGUCAUCCAAAGAAUACAACAUUGUGCAACAUCUUCACGUUUGGCCCCUCCCGAAAAUUUUUAUAUGGGCGCCCAUGCCUGGAAGGUUUUUGGUGUUUAUAGGUAGCAAUUAGAUUAUUUAUUUCCACUUCGGCUUAACACAAGAUAGCUAAUUAUUCAUUCCAAAUGCGACACACUUAAUUAAAAUAUUAUAAACAGACUUGAGUGUCUAAACAACUUCAAAUAAACAGAUAGAUUCGUUUCUUCUUAAAUUACACAUAGUUUCAAAAGUUAUGCAUCACCCCUCGUAUUCACGAUGUUUACGCUUUUAUAAAUCCGUAUCUUUAUCACAUAUUUAAUGGGCCUUUUUUAUAAAAAUAUACCAUUUUCGGUUUUUUAUUUUAUUUGAUUACCCAUUUAAUUAACCUGGUUUUGCCAAGGUGUAAAUAUUUGAAAAAUUUAUUCUGGUGAAAUUUUUGAAAACGUGAUUAAAAAUGAAUCGUACUUUAAUUUCUGAGUUGGACCGUAUAAGAAUUAUUGGUGGAAAGAGUGGGUGUUUCUCAGAGUGAUGUCUUACGGAUAUGGAAUAGGUUCCUGGAGACAAACUCGAUACGGAAUAGAACUCGGUCUGGUAGACCCCGAGUUACCAAUGAUCGACAGAAUAGAUAUAUCAGAAUUUCCAUCUGUACAAAUUCUUCUAUGUCUGUACCAGGCCUCCAAAGAGAAUUCAGGCAUGCUACAGGAGUCAGAGUAUCGUUGACUACAAUAAGAAGAAGAAUUUUAGACUCAGGUUUGAGGAGUCGUCGACCAAUAAGAGUUCCUCAGCUACAACAUAGACAUGUUUUGGACCGCCUCCAGUGGGCUCAAGAACACAUACAGCUCCCCCAACAAUUUUGGAAUUUUGCGCUUUUUUCAGACGAGACCAGAAUCUGUUUAAAUAGUGAUAACCGGCGAAUUCGUGUGUGGCAUAGUUAUGAAGCUCUUGUUGGCUCUCGCCACAUACAAAUUCGUCGGUUAUCACUAUUUAAACAGAUUUUGGUCUCGUCUGAAAAAAGCACAAAAUUCCAAAUCAGUUGGGGGAGCUCUAUGUGUUCUUGAGCCCACUGGAGGCGGUCCAAAACAUGUCUAGGUUGUAGCUGAUGAACUCUUAUUGGUCGACGACUCCUCAAACCUGAGUCUAAAAUUCUUCUUCUUAUUGUAGCCAACGAUACUCUGACUCCUGUCGUAUGCCUGAAUUCUCUUUGGAGGGCUGGUACAGACAUAGAAGAAUUUCUACGGAUGGAAAUUCUGAUAUAUCUAUUCUGUCGAUCAUUGGUAACUCGGGGUCUACCAGUCCGAGCUCUAUUCCGUAUCGAGUUUGUCUCCAGGAACCUAUUUCAUAUCCGUGAGACAUCACUCUGAGAAACACCCACUCUUUCCUCCACGAACCGAUGUGAAUGGCCUUCUUCAACUAAAUCGAUAAUUCUUAUACGGUCCAACUCAGAAAUUAAAGUACGAUUCAUUUUUAAUUACGUUUUCAAAAAUUUCACCAGAAUAAAUUUUUCAAAUGUUUCCCCCUUGGCAAA